GGAUUCUUUAAAUUGCUUUCUCACAUAACUGUGGGUAGCCCAAUGAACUAGGCUAUAAUACAGUUACUGUAUUAUCAAUCUUUGAUGAAAGAAUAUUGGGUUUUCUCAUAUGCCUAGUAUAUAGUGAUCUUCAAUAUUAUGGAUGUACUAGACGCUUGACUAUCUGGUGGAAACAAAAACGAUGUGUUGUAGGCUCGUGAUGAAGACCUACUUGGGAUUUCUAGUGACAGAGACACUCGUGCAAAGUGCAUUUGGAAUGAUUGAGCAGUUCAGACCAGGAGGGGGUUACCAGUACAACAGCUUCAGUGGACCUGUGUCCGGACCAAUCGAGGAGAUAGCUGUGCCAAAGUUCCCACCCUGGCACCAUAAGAGCUACAUUAUGACACAUGAUUUCAAAGCGAGACCCGACUACGCGUUCGCCUACGGCGUGGAGGACCCGGACACGGGCAACACACAGAACCACUACGAGACCCGGGCCGGUGAUGAGGUGACCGGCAAGUACACGGUCGUCGAGCCGGACGGCAUGCUACGAGUUGUCACCUACAGUGCCGACCCUGACAGCGGCUUCCAGGCCACCGUCACAUUCGAGAAACCCAACUACAGUUACGCACAACCCUACAAGAGUCUCGCCUCUGAAACCACCACGUCGCCUCCCUCUUACGAUUACUACACAAAUUAUUAAUCCUAUUCUUAAUUGAAUAAACCAAUUUUAAAUGAAAUAAAAACACAACAUUUUGUCGUUUUCUACACAUACAGUGAAACUUGGUUAUAACGUAUUUCAAAGGACCAUACAUUUAGGGCCAUUUACACAUUAAAAGCUUAAACUGAAUUCGAUCAUCUGGUGGCUUAAACUCAAAAUGAACCACAUUACAACAUUGAGUUUUGAUAUAAAUUUGAUUCAGUUUAAAUUUUUUUUAACUUGCACUGUGCAAACAACACUUAAUGACGCUAGGUUAUAUAAU